AGUCAAAUCGAAGAUAUGGCGUCUUUGGCAUCCCGAACGGCCGCUAAAUCGAGAAAAAUUGCACCCUCUUAUGACCAGCUAGGUGUUAAGAGAUUGGCUCACGACAUUGCACAGCACUGGCGAAGUCCAACCGAUGCCGCUGAAUCCAAAGCUUGUGAUUCUCAGCUUCAACGCACGUGCGCGCCGCUGUUUGUUAUUGUGCUUCAAUUCGGCCCAACGACGACAUGGUCAUCCUACGCUACUACGAUGUGCAGGCCUUUGACGCGGCCGAGGAACAGAGUGUAUGGCGCCGCCUCAAAGCAGAGGAUGGCGGCUUGGAAUCCGUACGCAUGGAGCGUUGCUUUCAUUUGGAGUACAGCGGAGCCAAAGUUGAGCACUCCCUGGCACUGGAGGAGCUGCUCAUCUGGCUGGUUAAGCAACCGAUGAACAGUGGCCAGAGCCUGACUAGGCGGCCCGUUCUCCAGCCGGAGGGUGAGCGACAGUUGCUUCUGGAGAUCGGACCGCGCUUCAACUUUUCCACUCCGUUCUCCACGAACUGUGUGAAUAUCUUCCAUAAUCUCGGCUACACGGAGGUUCUUCGCAUGGAGGCGUCAACGCGCUACCUUCUGACCUUUAACGAUGAUUCGACAGUAGUUCGUGAGGCGUCAAGAUUCGUUCCCUUGCUGGGAGAUCGCAUGACGCAAUGCCUGUACACGGCGAAGAACACGCCCAAGGAAAGCUUUAAUGAGCAGCUGCCGGCGCAAUUGACUGACUGGCACUUUGUGCCCGUCUUGGAAGAAGGACGGGCCGCGCUGGUGCGGAUAAACCAGGAGCUAGGCCUAGCUUUCACAGACUACGAUCUGGACUUUUACCAUGACCUGUUCGCCAACAAGCUUGGUCGCAAUCCGACUACUGUGGAACUUUUUGACUGCGCUCAGAGUAACAGCGAGCACUCUCGACACUGGUUCUUCCGGGGACGCAUGGUCAUAGAUGGUGAGGAGCAGCCCAAGUCCCUAAUUCGCAUGAUCAUGGAUACGCAGGCGCACACGAACCCCAACAAUACAAUCAAGUUCAGUGACAACAGUAGUGCCAUGAUAGGAUUCAAGCACGAAACCAUAGUUCCGACCUCCGUAGUGGCUCCGGGACCAGUGCGACGUGUCAAUGUGGAGUCUGACCUGAUCUUUACAGCAGAAACCCACAACAUGCCCACGGCAGUGGCACCAUUUAGCGGUGCCACUACGGGCACGGGUGGGCGUCUUCGCGAUGUCCAGGGUGUCGGCAGAGGAGGUGUCCCAAUUGCUGGAACCGCCGGCUACUGUGUGGGAGCUCUUCACAUUCCAGGUUACGAGCAGCCCUACGAACCAUCGGGAUACAAGUAUCCAACGACGUUUGCGCCUCCCCUCCAGAUACUUAUCGAGGCCAGCAACGGUGCCUCGGACUACGGCAACAAGUUCGGAGAACCUGUAAUCUGCGGCUUUGCAUUAUCCUAUGGCCUCAACAGCAUGGCCGAUGCCAGUCAGCGGGAUGAGUACGUAAAACCGAUCAUGUUCAGCGGUGGACUGGGCACUAUGCCCGCCGCUAUGCGGGAAAAACUCUACCCAGUUCGCGGUCAGCUACUGGCCAAGAUCGGAGGUCCUGUCUACAGGAUCGGCGUGGGAGGUGGCGCCGCCAGUUCGGUAGAGGUGCAGGGAUCUGGAGACGCUGAGCUAGACUUCAAUGCUGUGCAGCGAGGUGAUGCUGAGAUGGAAAACAAGGUGAACCGUGUGGUACGCUCCUGUCUGGAAAUGGGCGACCAGAAUCCUAUUUUGGCCAUACACGACCAGGGAGCUGGCGGCAACGGUAACGUGCUGAAGGAACUGGUGGAGCCAGGCUUUGCAGGAGCUGUUAUCUUUUCCAAGGAGUUCCAAUUGGGUGAUCCCACCAUAACGGCCUUGGAGCUGUGGGGCGCCGAGUACCAAGAAAACAACGCCAUUCUCUGCAAGGCUGAAGAUCGGGAUUUGCUGGAGAAGAUCUGUCAGCGCGAACGAUGCCCCAUCAGCUUUGUGGGCGUGGUGACGGGUAACGGACGUGUUACACUGCUGGAGCAAGCUGCACCCAAGGAUGUGGAGAAGGCUUUGUCCAGCGCUACGAGCAGUACAAAGCCAGCUCCGUUCGAUUUAGAGCUAAAGUACGUAUUGGGUGAUAUGCCAAAACGGGUGUAUGAGCUGAGCCGCGAGGCUACAUCCUUAAAGACUUUAGUUCUGCCGAGCAAUUUGAGCUUGGAUGAUGCCGUAAAGAGAGUCCUUAGCCUGGUUGCUGUUGGCAGCAAGCGUUUCCUCACCAACAAGGUAGAUCGCUGCGUCGGCGGACUGAUCGCACAGCAGCAGUGUGUGGGUCCCCUCCAGGCCCCAUUGGCCGACUUUGCCCUGACCACUGUAUCGCACUUUAGCACAGCCGGUAUAGCCUCUUCCAUUGGCACCCAACCGCUGAAGGGUCUUCUUGAUCCCGCUGCCAUGGCCAGGAUGUGUGUGGCUGAAGCCCUCAGUAACCUCGUUUUUGUGAAAAUCAGCGAACUGGCGGAUGUCAAGUGCUCGGGCAACUGGAUGUGGGCUGCAAAGCUGCCCGGUGAGGGAGCCAAGAUGUUCGAUGCUUGCAAGGAACUCUGCCAGAUCCUCGAGGAGCUGCACAUUGCCAUAGAUGGUGGCAAGGACUCCCUCUCCAUGGCUGCCAAGGUGGGUGGCGAGACAAUCAAGUCCCCAGGCACCCUGGUCAUUUCCACGUAUGCUCCCUGUCCGGAUGUGAGGCUAAAAGUUACUCCAGAUCUAAAGGGUCCCGGUUCGGGUUCCGAGACCGCUCUGCUCUGGAUAAACCUAGAGGAGAAACUUCGACUUGGCGGCUCUGCUUUAGCACAGGCCUAUGCCCAGCAGGGCAACGAGUGUCCCAAUCUAGCCAAGAGCGAUAUUUUGGCGAAGGCAUUUGUCACUACCCAAAAGCUGCUGGAAAAGGGUCUCCUGCUGGCCGGACACGAUAUCAGCGAUGGAGGACUGGUCGUAUGCCUCAUAGAGAUGGCCAUUGGUGGACUGAGUGGCCUCGACGUGGAUCUCUCUGAGCCCUUGGCCAAGCUUAGGAACUACGAUGGAGCUGCCAUUAAACUUAAUCGCCCUGAGCUGGCCCUUCUUUUCGCUGAGGAGUGUGGCUGGGUGGUAGAGGUGAACAGAAAAGAUCUGGACCGUGUUCGCUCAGUCUACAAAGACGCUGGAGUACCCAACCACUAUCUGGGUGUAACAAACGGAUUCGGUCUUAACGACUCCCGAGUUGUAAUUAAAAAGGGUUCAUCUACGCUGCUGGAUCAGCCCCUUCGCUUGCUCUACCAGCAGUGGGAGCGCACCAGCUACGAGCUAGAGAAACUGCAGGCCAAUCCCGAUUGCGCCCAGGCGGAGUACGACAGUCUGGAAUUCCGAAAGGCUCCCCAAUACAAGGGUCCUUCCAACCUGCAGGCCGAGCUCAUCCUCAAGCGCUCCGCCACUACGAUUCGUGUGGCAGUUCUGCGGGAGGAGGGCGUUAAUAGUGAGCGCGAGAUGAUGUCCUGCCUUCUUCGAGCGAACUUCGAAGUGCACGAUGUAACCAUGUCAGAUCUUCUGCAAGGUACCACCACUCUGUCACAGUACCGAGGUGUCAUCUUUCCGGGUGGAUUCAGCUACGCCGACACCUUGGGAUCGGCCAAGGGAUGGGCAGCCAACAUUCUUCACAGUUCCCGCCUAAAGCCGCAGUUCGAGGCCUUCAAACGCCGCCAGGAUGUCUUCUCGCUGGGCAUAUGCAAUGGCUGUCAACUAAUGUCGCUUAUUGGUUUCGUAGGAGCUCCGAACAGCACAGUCGGCUCAGAUCCCGAUGUGGCCCUACUCCACAACCGUUCGCAGCGAUUUGAAUGCCGCUGGUCCACUGUGAAGAUUCCAGCCAAUCGAUCCAUCAUGCUGCAAAAUAUGAAGGAUAUGAUUCUCGGGUGCUGGGUCGCCCACGGUGAAGGUCGAUUUGCUUUCAGGGAUGAAAAGCUCAUAACCCAACUGCAGACGGAGGAGCUGGUGACUCUCCAGUAUGUCGAUGAUAACGGGCAGCCCACGGAACGCUAUCCCCUAAAUCCCAAUGGAAGUCCUUUGGGAAUUGCGGGUCUCUGUUCAAGGGACGGUCGUCAUUUGGCUUUGAUGCCGCAUCCGGAGCGCUGCAGCGCCAUGUACCAAUGGCCCUAUGUGCCACAUAACUUUGAAGUGUCGGUAUCAGAGGCGGAGAGUCCAUGGCAGCUUAUGUUUAAUAAUGCCUACAACUGGUGUGUUCAGUUCGAUCAAUAAAAUUUAUAGGUGUUUUUGAGAAUAUCAGUUGACUUAGGUAAUAUGUAAACUUCUCUACAAUUUGUAUACGAAGUAAAACUUUAAUAAACUUUUGAUAUUUUGAAAUAUCAACUUACUUUUGA